CAAGUGAACCAUGGCGCCGGCCCCAAUAAAAUAUAUUUAUAUCAUAAAAUUGUCAAGAUACUGACUUGGAGCGAACGCGCAUGCGCUGCCUGGGUCCUCCUGGAUUGCGAACAUGGCCGCGCGGUCGCUGUGGGCGGUCCGGCAGCGGGUGCAGCGCCUCUUGACCUUGAGUGCCGCGUGGGAGAACAGAGGAUGGCUGCCCCCAUUCAGCACUGCCACCCAGAGAACUGCUGGUGAGGACUGCAGUUCUGAGGACCCUCCAGAUGAGCUUGGGCCAUCUCUUACUGAACGAGCCUUAAGGCUAAAAGCUGUGAAACUGGAAAAGGAAGUCCAGGAUUUAACAAUAAGAUACCAGAGAGCUGUGGCUGAUUGUGAAAACAUAAGGAGGCGGACCCAGAGAUGUGUGGAAGAUGCCAAGAUAUUUGGCAUCCAGAGUUUCUGUAAGGACUUGGUGGAGGUGGCGGACAUUUUGGAGAAGACUACUGAGUGCAUUUCUGAAGAAACAGAGCCUGGGGGCCAGACACUCAUUCUGGAGAAGGUCUUUCGGGGGCUGUCACUCCUACAAGCAAAGCUGAAAAGUGUGUUUGCCAAGCACGGCCUGGAGAGGAUGGCACCCAUCGGUGAUAAAUACGACCCUCAUGAGCAUGAACUCAUCUGUCACGUGCCAGCUAGUGUUAGGGUGCAGCCUGGCACGCUGGCAUUAGUAAGACAAGAUGGCUACAAACUUCAUGGUUGCACCAUUAGACUUGCCCAGGUAGAAGUGGCAGUGGAGUCUCAGAGAAGACUAUAAAUGGGCAAUCAAGGAACUGCUUUGUUUCCUUAUUUAUUAAACUAGGUUUGUAUUGUAAAAAAAAAAAAAAAAAAAUUGUCAAGAUACUGUUGGAAAUUCAAAUUUAUCAUAAUCUGUAAGGAGGCCAAUUUGAUCAUAGGUAUGUUCAUUUUUAUGAUACUGUCUUCACAUGAAUCUCUCCAAUUCUUUUGAACUUAAGAAGACAUGAGAUGUUUGAACAUUUACAAGUAUUUGAAUUUUACACAGAAAAGAUACCAUCUCAGGUCUUUUUUGUCCUUAUUCUCAGUUGAAUUUCAGGAUUUAGAAGGUAAAUUCAAGGGAAUUUUCCAUUAAACUUAAAACACAACAAGGAGCUAUACGUUUUUUGGUUUGUUACUACAAUUCACUUGUGUUCUGACUCUAAAGUAAGUUACAUUAAAUUAAAGAAUGUAUCUGUUUUGUUCACUGCCGCAUCAUUAGUAAGAUGAGUGUUUGGCAUAGAAUGAGUGAUCGAUGCUUGUUGAUCAGAUAAAGUAUGAGUAAGGACAAGUAAUGGAAUUAUGGUAGUAGGAAUUGUCAUCAAGUUUUUUUUUAAUCCCAUGAACGUAGAAUUUCUACAGGUUUUAAAAUGGCAUGAAUAUAUGGAGGACAUGGUAUUAAACCAUUUUAAAUUUAUUUUAAGCUAUUUUCCAAUGUUUAAUUGUAACUCAUUCAUUCAUUCUUUAAAAAAUUGUUUCUAUGACAUUCUAGCCAUAAUGCUAAAGAGUCUCUGAGUAACACUUUGAGUUUUUGGACAGCUCAUGGCAAGAGCCUCGGGUGAUUGCUGAUGCCAUAAAUUAGAGUACCAAUUGUUACAUCUACAACAGGAAUCACUGGGUACAGGCUCCCCACGUAGGAUCUCUGUCCUUAAUGUGUUUUAUUAUGAAACUUAAAAACAACACCACUAGUCAAACAAUACCCUAUACCUUGUACGGUUGUGUGAGGGCAGCCUGUUGAAAUCCUUGCUUAGUGUAUACUAAGUUGAUCUUCUGUAUAUGAAGGUAAUUGAAAAUGAAACUCGAUGAAGGGUGGGAUGGGAGAGGGAGUGGGAGAGGGGAGGGUCGUGGGAGGGAGGAAGGUUGGGGGGGGAGCCACAACAAUACAAAAGUUGCACUUUGUAAAUUCACAUUUAUUAAAUAAUAAAAAGAAUUUAAAAAAAGAACUGCUAUAUUCCAAAAAAAAAGAGAAGAAAUCAUAAGUCAGGAAAUUCAUUCCUUGGAGAUUACAAAAGUGAAAAGAUUUCAUUAUAUAGAUUGGGAAACUAAGACUUUUUCCAAUAAAUUGUAACACAGGAUAGAGUAGAGGGAAUGAUAGCAACUCUGCCUGUAAGAGUAGCUGGAUUAUGUGAAAUGGAAGAAUA